CAACGACGACGACCACAAACACCAGUUGGCAGUCUGUCGGGUGCACCACUCCUUCCCCUCCCCCCCCCUUCCUUUCCCCCACUCCCACUGUUGGUUUGCAGGAGCAGGCAGCUUCUUGCCUAGUGCCCAUCCAUGCAGCUGUUGGCGGGUGGUGGGCGACGACGGCGCCCUUGGACGCUGGCUGGACCGGCACUCGUGCUCGCGCUUGUGGUGCUGGUGGUCAUGAGCGACCGCCCAUACAUGGCAUCCCAGAAGCGACCUGGCACUGGACCAAAGCACAACCUUGUACAGCAACAGCAACAGCGGCAGCAAGCACCACGGGAGCAAGGCAGACCCUGGGGCAAGGUGUUGGUGGGGAUGACGGUGGGGAAGAAGUGCCGCGCGCGCGUGGAGCAGAUGUUGGAGGACUGGGGUCGGACGCAGUUCAACUACAUGUUCUUCGUGUACGAUGGCACCGACUGGUCCGCGCUGGAGGCCCUGGACGGCGUGACGGUGCUGCAGACCCGCGCGCUCAAGAUGCACCAUUACAAGGCGAACGUGCCGCCGGAGCGGGUGGACGGGUAUGACUUCUUCUUGUUGCUGGACUGCGAUGUGGGCCUGGCGCACUUUGACGUGCACUCGUUUCUGGACAUCCAGUGGGAGCGGCAGAUCCCGAUUGCGCAGCCGUCCGUGGCGUGGGGCGAGCUGCGCGAUCGCUCCAGCGACCACCGCGUGUGCCGCAACGUGCCAGGCCCACACUAUGGGCGCUGGACGACGUUUAUCGAGUGCGGGCCGUUUGUGUCCUUCAUGGCAGAUGCGUGGCGGUGCGUGUACGACCUUGUGCAAGGGGACCUUGGCAGCGGCUGGGGCUUGGACUACAAGUGGUGUGCGUAUGCUCGGGACGUGUGCCGGCUUCGCCCUGCGCUGAAGGGCCCGAUCCGCACCAGCCCAGACGACGGUGGGCGCGUUUGCGCGGUCAUUGAUGCGCAGGUGGUUGACCACUUGGACGAGCGCACCGCCUUUGGUCGCCUCGGCUCAAACUACCAGCCCCGGCAGGAUGCGGUGGAGUUUGAGCGACGGUUCCCCGAUGUGGAGAGCACGACGCUGACCAACUGCUUGUGUGCCUGCGACUGCCGCGGCGGUCCGCUGCGCUCGGUCUGGAACACCUUUGUCCGGUCCACUCAGGUGUUUGGGGUGUGGAAUUUUCUGCAAUGUGAAUGCAGAUUUUAGACUGCUCCGCUGCCUGCUUUUCCCGGAUAUCUUUAGUAAACGUAAGCAAGUAC